UGCUUGAUCCGGAUGGUGAGGGCGGAGAGUGAUUAAGGGUUGCUGUGGUCGCGGAUUCACUUGGCGCUGGCGGCGUCAAUCGUUGCGAUAAGACCUGCCGAGAUGCCUGACCUCUUGGAUCAUUCUGCGAUUGUCUCGUGCAGCUGGUGAAUUCGCUUCUUCAGAGGUGCAGAGGAGCAAGUCUUGACAAGGGAAUAGAUGGAUAGCACACAAGGUACGAGGUCUUGCUCACGAGUGUGUCUGAAUGUCUUACCUUGACAUGCAAAGCGAGGUCCAUACGUAUACCUAUAAUUGGGAUACGCGGACGCAAUGACACCCGUGCUCGUACGCCACCAAGUCACGCCUGCAGUCAUGAUGAGCACUGCGCACUCCCCACCUCAGCAUAUGUGCCUUCCGGCUGCACUGAGCGGAGUUGGUUCCGUCAGAUCCGCCCGCGCAUGCAAGGCGGUCGAACCCAGCAGCUCGCUGCUGCUGCUGCGAGAUGCUCCCACUCCCACUGUGAGUUGUGAAUGUGAAUCCUGCUGACCUGAUGAAUCGUAAAUCGGCGCAAGGCAGCAGAUGUGGAUAGCUGUGACACGUGGUCCUACCUUUGUGACUCAACGCG